AUGGCGGCGGGAGCCGAGCGCGGCGCGGCGCUGCCCGCGGAGCCGCCGCCGCUGAGCGCCGAGGAGGUGGCGAGGCGGCUGGCGAGCACCCGCCGCGAGCUGGGCAACCGCCGCAAGAUCCUGCUGCGGAACCUGCCGGCCGAGAGCAGCAGCCAGGAAAUCCACGACUUGUUUAAAGAUUAUGAAAUCAAAUAUUGUUACGUGGACAGGAAUAAAAGAACAGCUUUUGUCACCCUGUUAAACGGGGAGCAGGCCCAGAGCGCUAUCCGGAAGUUCCACCAGUAUUCCCUCCGUGGGAAGGAGAUCUCCGUGCAGCUCCAGCCAACGGAUGCUCUGCUGUGCAUCACCAACCUGCCCCUUUCCCUCAGGAUAGAGGAGUUUGAGGAACUGGUGCGUGCCUAUGGCAACGUGGAGAGGUGUUUCCUGGUCUACAGCGAGCUCACCGGCCAUUCCAAGGGCUAUGGAUUCGUGGAAUACAUGAAGAAGGACUCUGCUGCCAAGGCCAGGCUGGAACUCCUGGGCAAGCAGCUGGAGGAGAGCACUCUGUUUGCACAGUGGAUGGAUGUGAACCAGCUGACCACAAACCUUAUUCACUCCAAGUGCCUUUGUGUGGAUAAAUUACAAAAAGACUGCGCUGAUUCGAAAGAACUGAUCCAGGCUUUCUCCCUGAAGUACAAACCUGUCUUCUGCCAGUUUGCCCAGGAUGAGGACGGCGGCAGCGGGGACUUCGCCGUGGUGGAGUACGAGACCGCGGAGCAGGCGGAGAGCGUGCGAGGGGCCAUGGAUGGGGUGACCAUCAACGGCAAGAGGGUGCAGGUGUCCUUCUGUGCCCCUGGAGCACCAGGCAGGAGCACCUUGGCAGCUCUGAUAGCAGCACAAAGGAUGAUGAGGAACAAUAGGAAGGGCUUGCUUCCAGAGCCAAAUCCAGUGCAGAUCAUGAAGAGUUUCAAUAAUCCAGCAAUGCUGCAGAUGCUGCUGCAGCCCCAGUUGCGUGGCCACACUGUUAAACCUGUUCUUGGAGCAUCUGCAGGUUUACCUCACCUCAUAAAUUCAGCAGUGGGCUCACCUUUUUUGCAGCUGAAUAAAGUUCAUCAGAGCUCAAUUCUGGGGAGCACCUCCAACCUGCUGCUGCAGAGCCCUGCUCACCUGCCCCUGCCCCAGCAGCAGCUCCUGAAGAUGGAAAACAUGCAGGCAAACAGUAAACCAGGUUUGCUGGGAGAACCUCCAACAAUGCUCCUGCAGACAGUACUGGGGAUAGGGGUGAUGCCAGCAGUGAGCUCAGGCCUGGCAACACGAGGAGAAGCUCUCAAGUCAGCAGCAGCAGGGAUGGGCAUGCUGCCAUUCUUCCCAAAUCAGCACAUUGUUGGACAAGCUCUUCCCGGGCCAAACAAUGCUCCAGACAAAGCCGCAGCCGAGGCCGUGCCGGGAGCGCAGCCCUUCCCUCAGGCCCUGCCCAGCCUUCCCGCCGGAGCUCUGCGGGCUGGCCACUCCAAACCACCCAGCCAGCUCAAAAACUCCGACUCAAACCUGGGGACUCCCUUGAAGAAACAGACUUCUCUGCUUGGGGAACCCCCAAAAGAAAUUCGGCUGAGCACCAACCCCUACUUGAAUUUGGCAAGUGUUUUGCCUGGCAUCUGUCUGCCAGCAGCAAUUGCCAGCAAAGCCUCCAGUCCUCCACAGCAGACCAGCCUUCCAAACAAUGUCAUGGAUGCUGCUGUGUCUCAGGGAACUGCAUCACAACAUGCAAUGGAAAAUUAUUUCAGUUACUCUCAGCAGCCUGGGGAAUACCCACAGGAGGCUGUCCAGCAGUGGUACCAACAUUAUGCUCAGGCACAUCACUCUACCCAGGCCAGAGUGGAUGGCUUUGAAAAUGAAGCCUCUGAGGAAUCUCCAGGUGGAUCUUUCCCAGACUACAGCACCUGCCUGCAGGUGGUACCUGCCCUUUUGAGUGGAGCCCAGGGAUCCCAGCCGGGCUUGCAGCCUCCUGCAGCAAACGCCUUAAAGAAGGUGGCCCCGAAGCGCAGCUCCUCGUACCUCAUGUCCUCCCCCGAGCCCGGCCCCGUGGAAUUCCCGGCUCCCGGCGGGGCCGUGCGCUACUCGGAAUCCUCCCUCAAGAAGAAGCGCGUGUAUUGAUCCAUUCCCACGGAUUGCUCCAUUCCCAGCCCUGCCCAGGGGAGGGAAGGCAGGUGGGAAUCCCUCUGUAUUUAUUGCUGCCUUAACUUCAGACAAGGAAUUCUUUCUGUGUGGGGUGAGUGUCCCAAGAGGAGCCAGCUCUGUCCCAGCACAUCCAAGGACACAGGACGUGUGUGAUGAAGGUGGUGGCUGCUUUGAUUUGGAGAGGAGGGGACAGUGUUGGCUUUGUCACCUGUGGGCUGAGGGACAGAGCACAGGGACUUGGGGAGCUGGGGCAGCUCCAGCUGAAAGCAAUAAAAACCCGGAGGAAGGAAAGCUGAUCCUUUCUCCAGUCCUCAGCCUGAGGAAGUUAAAAGAGGAAGUCUUGAUAGUAAUUAUUUUGUAUUUUUUUAACUCAGAAUGUGGGUGGUUUUUUUCCAGCUUUCCUUUUUCCAGGAUUAAGAGUUCUGCAUUUACAGCCUUUCAAUUUUUAGUAUUUCUUCUUAAUCCUGGAAUGGAGGGAUACCAAAUGUAUUCCCAGAGCCUCGGUGAUGUUCUCAAUAAAUGGCUGUUCAAAGGGAGAUGCUAUCCUGUGCUGCCUUGGAAUAUUCCCUGGGAUCUGGAGAGCUGAUCCUUGGACAGUGGAAUAACUUUGUCUGUUUUUAGGCUGAGAAUCCACAGCUUUUCCAUGGAGGACACAAUUCCCAGUGUGUGGCUGCAGCAGUGUGAGGCAGCAUCCUCCUUCCACAGGUGUGGGACAGCUCUUCCUGGGCCACCCCACAUAAUUUCCCAGUUUUGAGUGUAUUUUCCCCUUUUUUUUUUUUUAAGACUUUUUGUAUUUUUAGCUUAUUAUCAGCUCUGGCUCAAGUUGUUCUCUUCUGCCAUCAGUCCUUGGAGCUGGAGAUCAGCAGUCCUUCCUUUUGCCAUCACUGUUAUGACAGGUAAAUGAGGAGCCAGCCCUCAUUCCAAGGCUUUCCCCCUUGGAAUCCUGCUGCAAAUCCAUUUGGAUUGGGUUCACCGAGGCCAGGAGCCACCUCCUCCCUUUUCCUUGCUAGAGAACCCUGAAGCCAUUUUUCAAUACUGAUUUUUUUUUUUAAAUUAAAGUCUUAAACUUUGCCUUUCAAGCUUUGGGAUGUGACCAGGAUCCACAUUUACAAAGCUUAAAAAAUCCCAAUCAAAAUCCCUCCUUCCUCAGCUGCUGGAACUGCUUCACAAACAGGAGCCAGGAGCUUUUCUGGGAUUCUGCCUGUAUGUAUUGAUAAAUUCACUUGUAAUAUUUUGUUUCAACUGUUUGUAUAUGCAACUUUCUCAACUUGUUACACUUUUCAAUGAAAAUAAAUUGUUGGUACUUA